CCACAACACAUUCUAUCCAUACAAAAUUCACAAUUCACGCCUAAACAAACAUUAAGUUGCUGUUGAAAAUAUAUGAGACAACAACUAGAACAAAACAGAAAUAAUUUAUUUAAAAAAAAAAAAGUAAAGAAAAAGCGUGCAUAGUAAAACAAUUUGAUAAUAGAAGGACUUUGGCGCAUCCUCGGUUGCCCCUGAGUGCUGCUGCACUCUCGUGUGAAAACAAAAACAUAAGCACAAAUCUUUUACGGCAUCUCAACUGCGUAGUACCCAAAGCAAAAACAAUAUAUAGAAGUAAUUCCGCCCGGAUUAAAUAUUUACAAUUGGUUCGGCACUAAUUAGACGAGGGAACUCCGUAAUACCCAAAGGCAGCGAAAAGUCUACCAAGAAGCAACUGAAGCAACUGAACUGAACUGAACUGCAACAACCUGAGAGCCUGAGAAACGCUUGGAACAGCCGCCGCUCGUAAAUAAUUGAAGACAAUCCACAGAAGAUGCAAGAGCCCGUUGCUUAGACUAAAUGCCAAAGCAGGAUUAGAAACUGUGCCAAGGAUCAGAUAGAACCAUGUCAAAUCCGCUGAACAUGGACAAAUCGAAUGGCAAUGGCGUGUAUGCAACGAGCAGCUGCCACAUGGAUAAUGUGGCUGCCACAACAACAGCCAUGAACACGGCAAAUAAUAUAAAUAUUAUGAAUGGCGCCGCGGCUGUUGCAGCUGCCGCAGCAGCCGCCACGCUGCCCACAUCCGCCUCCAGCGAGGACCUCAGCCAGAGCCUGUCCGAGUACACGGACGCCGACGAGAGCAUAUCAGCACCCACAGAGUUUCUCGCCGAGUUUCUGUCUGCCGUCAUGCUCAAGGACUACAAGAAGGCUUUGAAAUACUGCAAAUUGAUUCUGCAAUACGAACCAAACAAUGCAACGGCCAAGGAGUUCUAUCCACUCAUAUUGGACAAGCUGCGCUUGGCCGCAUCGAGCGACAGCGACGAGAACUACAAUAAAUCCUCAUCACCCGAGCUGGCAUUAGAUCUGGAGGCGCCCGAGGAGCGCGAGGAUAGCGAUAAUGACGAUGAUGAUGAUGAUGAGGAUGAUGAUGAUGUGGAUGUGGAUGAGGAUGAGGAUGUAGAUGAUGAGGAUGACAUUGACAAUGUGGAUGUCGAAGAGGAGAGCAGCAGCAGCGCUGAUGACUACGAUUUGCCCAUUGACGAGCAACAGGACCCGGCCGCUGUAGACAGCCUGGCUGCGCACACAUCCCAUUCGCACUCCCACAACGACUCGGGCUCAUCGCGCAAUUCCUCGAGCGGUGGUGGCGGUCGCAGCGACAAUACCACUCACUCAUAUUCCAGCCUCCUGCUGGAGGAGGAGGACGACAUUGUACCAGUCAAUUUGCAAUUUGGCAACAAGGAAACGAGCGCAACAGAUUUAGAUGUGAGCAAUGGCAACAAGGUGCCAUCCGCCUCGUGCAGCGAUUCGGAAUCACCCACAGAGCCGCUCACCCAGCGACUGGCCGCCAUAUUGCGCUCCAAGUGCGGCGUUUCGGCCAGUAAGGAUGAGCCCUAUUGAGGCGCUACGAGCAUCCGCAAUUUAUAUAUGCAUAUACUAUAUAUAUGUGUGUGCUAUAUACGUAACUAUAUUCUUGUACUUGUACUCGUACUCAAUGAGUUAAAUGUUUACACUUCCUUUGCCCAAAACUAGUGCAUUCGCUUUAUGAACCUAGAAACCGUCCCAAACAGCAUACAACAAAUACUAUAAUAUCUAAUUCCAAAUGCAAUAACUUUAGCUGCGAACUAGUUCUUUCGUUAAAAAAAAACCCAAUUCCCUAGACAAACAUAUCGUACAAACUUAAUAAGUACUUAUUGUAGUCAUAUUUGUAUUGUGUAUGUAAAUGAGUAUAAUCUACGCUCCAAUAACAAUGAAUAUACUUAUAUAUUAUAUAUAUUAUUAUUAAUACAUAUACAUAUACACAUAUAUACACAUACAUAGCGAAUUGUGUAACAGAAUCUAUUUUAGUAAGACACACCCAUGCAAAACGCACAGGACUUGGAAUAUUGUUGGAUAACUUUACACGUUUAGCGUUUUAUAGAGGGCGACUUUUUUCCAAACAAUUUAUAACAUAGUAUUUAAUUAGGAAACGGAAAACGGUUUGGAUAAGUCUGAUAAUAUGGAUGGAGGCAAAUAGUACUACAACUGAAAUGGUCCAAAGUCAUAAACUGUAUUAAACGAAUACCAUAAAUAAUUCUUGUUUUCAAAUAAUAAUGCAUAAGGCAUUAAGACUCUCGUAAUUUAUUAAGAUGUUCUUUGUUUCCGUUUUACGUAAAUAUAUAUUGCGAUCUACAUUUUCCAAUAUACAUAUGUACAUAACCCUAUAGAUAUGUAUCUCAUAAUGCCCGCUCCAUGAGCUUAACUAAAGGACGAAGACACAAAUGCGACAAAUACAUAUAUGAUUAGAUACUAUAUAACUACGUUUAUAGAAAGAGAUUUGAGCAGAUUGAAACCUUUGUAUACCCUUAAUAUUUAUAGCAAUUUAUUGGUGUUUUUAAAUCGGUUCAAGUUCAACUUUAUGUAAUCAUAUUAUAUUCGAAAUGUAUUCUACGUAUAACGGAUUGU